AUCUAAAACAAUGAAUAUGGAUGGAGAAAAAAAUAACGAGAAGAAAGCAGCAGCUUCAAAGCUGAUAUCAAAGUCAUGGCUGGAGAAGUUAGAGGUUUGCAGGAGGGAAGAAGAAAAAUUAAGAAAUGAUAUACAAGAACUUGAUAAAUGGGUUGAUAUGAUAGGAACCAUGGAUGACAAACAGCUCAAGGAAUAUCUAGAAAAUCAUCCUCGUGACUCAACAAUGACGACAAAGAGCCAAAAGAUGAAAUCUAAGGUCCAAAGGAAAGAAAGCACCAGCAAGUCCAAAUCUUCAAUCUCCAAUGGGAUACUGGCUUCAGUUUUGAAGUUCGACAAAAAAGAAUAAUGCUAAAAUGGCUUCGGAUUGGUUUCUCUUAAUUUUGAACAACAUUGAAAUUUGGAUUGUUUUUAUUUAUUGUGAUUGGUUUAGACUAAAAUCAACAAUGAAGUACUUUUAUCGCAUCA